GGCGCUUCCGCUUCAUUUGAAAGUGACGGGCUGAGGCAAAAAAAAAAAAAGAGGCGGCUGCUUUGCACGCGGCCGGUCUGGCAGUGGCUGCUGCUUUCCCGGCGUGGAUGGCUGCCUUCGCUAUGGAGCUACCGCUGUCUUCCCCUUCUUUGGGUGCUGAGCCAAUGGCAUUAGGAUCCCCUUCUUCACCAAAACCAGGUGCUGGUGCUCAAUUUCUGCCUGGAUUUCUGAUGGGUGAUUUGCCAACUCCAGUGACGCCACAGCCUCGCUCUUUAAGUGGUCCUUCAGUUGGUAUAAUGGAAAUGAGGUCACCAAUGCUUGCUGGUGGAUCUCCUCCACAACCAGUAAUGCCAACACACAAAGACAAAGGUGGUGCUCCUCCAGUUAGAAGUAUCUAUGAUGAAGUCGCUAGCCCAGGUCUUGGAUCAACACCUUUGACUUCACGAAGGCCUGCUACUUUUUCUGUAAUACAGAGUCCAAAUGUUGGGUCUCUGCCAUUAACUCCUGGAACAGGGGCAAGUGUGUUUAGUCCAGCAAGUCUUGCACAACCUAGAAAAACUACCAUGUCACCAGCUCAGCUAGAUCCAUUCUAUACUCAAGGAGAUGCUUUGACAUCAGAAGAUCAACUUGAUGACACCUGGGUAACAGUCUUUGGAUUUCCACAAGCAUCUGCUUCAUAUAUCCUGCUACAGUUUGCCCAGUAUGGAAAUAUACUAAAACAUGUGAUGUCUAAUACAGGAAAUUGGAUGCAUAUUCGAUAUCAGUCAAAAUUACAGGCUCGGAAAGCCCUGAGUAAAGAUGGAAGAAUUUUUGGAGAAUCUAUCAUGAUUGGAGUUAAACCAUGUAUUGAUAAAAAUGUGAUGGAAAAUAUAGAUAGAGGCACUGUAUCAUCCCCAACUUCAGUCUUCACACCUCCAAUGAAAUCGUUUGCUGCCCAAGCACAGCCUUCAAGCACACAAAGGAUUUCCACCAUGAGACCUCUAGCCACUGCGUAUAAACCAUCAAGUAGUGAUUACCAGGUAAUUUCUGACAGACAGACUCCAAGGAAAGAUGAAAGCAUUGUGUCCAAAGCGCUGGAAUACAUAUUUGGUUGGUAGUUGAGGAAAAAUAGAAUGAGCUUGGUUAGAACAUAUAAAAGACUGCCUGCACUUCUGGUUAGUUAUAUAACCAUUUGGGUUGGUAUCAGUUCUGCCUUCUAAAACUUUGGCACAGUUACUUGCACUUUAAUCCACAGCUGGGUUUAUACUUGACUCAUAUGUUAAAACGGUUGCAAUCAAUGUUAAACUUAUUUCUAUAGUAAUUGCAUGAUACAACCUAAAAUGGACAGGUAUACAAUAUGUGAAUUUUUUUCAAUACAUGCUAAUACCUUCCAUAAUUUUCCAGUUGCAUGACUUUCUUUCUACUUCAGGAAAUAAGGUAUUUCUUGAUGCAAGAUAAAUUCAUGGAUAUUACUAUAAAAACGGCUGGGAUAGAUUUUGUUAAUUUUAAAAUUGAAAGCUGUUCUAAAUGUAACCAGUCUUGAAAGAAACUCUGGACAAAUUUCUUCUAAUUUGGAAGGUGUGCUUUUUAAAAACUAAAUAAAAAUUGUGGUGCUAUAAUUUUUUUGAGCUGAUGGUGGCUUUUGUAAACUAUCCAAAAAUACUAUCAAUGUAUACAAAUACCACUGCCAGUAUUGUUAUGUGGCUUUCUGUGCAUUGGGACACGUUUAAUUGCAUAGGUAUUUUUAAAUUUAAAUGCUUUUAUAUGAUAACAAAUGCAUGAAGUGCUUUAUCUAGGGCUUAUUUGGAAACUUAAGUUUAGUUCUGACAAUUCCUCUUCUAAAUAUUAUGGAACACUGGUCAAUAUCCAGUUUUACAUUUCCCAUCCUAUGGUAGUUUUACUUCCAGUGUUUCUAAAAUAUACACCAGGAGUUAUCUCGUCUUUUUGAAGUAGAUUUUGGAGGGAUAGUAGAAUAUGUUUUGCUGAUGCUGUUCUGUGGGUGAGAAGAUACAGGAUACCUCCCCAAAUUAUCUGAAUGAUAUUGUUACCAUUAAAUAUGUCCCCAUUUUAUUUGGUAGUUGGUAUAAGAAUUAUUUAUAUAUAUUCUUGCUUUUCAAAUACAUAAGAAUAGCGAGACAGACUAAUUUUUAAAUACAUCCUGCUGAAUGUUGAACUUGCACCACUAUUUAGUAUCAUAAAUAAAAUAUGUAGUGUUAAGUCCCUUUUAUACCUCACCAUUAUACCAUUUGUAGAAUUCUCAAAACUUUAUAUCAGUGCACCAUGUGCAAGUCACUGACAGUUUAUAACUACUUCCUCUUCUGCAAUUUUCAACAAUAUUCUAUUUUCAAUGGAUUAGUCAGACUCUUGGUGUAGAAUAGAUAAAUAUGACGAAUCAUAGCACAGAUCCCUUUGGUUAAAUGUCUGUCUUUGUAGCAGAUUUUAAUAUUCUCAGAGUAUUUUUUAAGUACAAACACUGAUUUACUACAUUUAUAUCCACUUUUUGUCUAGAAAGUUUUUAUCCUUUAUAUUCUUGCAGCAAUAACACUGGGAGAUAGAUUGGACUGAGAAACAGUAUUUGGCCCAAAGUCAUCCCAAGGAUUCCGUGGGCAGAUUGGAAUUGUACUUGGGUCUCCAUGCUUCCAGUCCAUUAUUGUAUCCACUGCACCACAUUGAGUUCUGUUUGAUGCUGCUGAGAUGGAAUUCAUUAGUAAACAUGAGCUUCAGAACUCUAUUCAGUAGAUAGUAGGCGGCUAUUGAAAGAGGAAGCAAAAAGGAUCUAAACAUAAUUUCAGAAAAUGUUUCUUUCCUGGUUUAUACUGUUCAUUUUCAUAUAUUUUAAUAUAUACUUCCAUGCUGAUGGUAUCGUGUUCUUUUUUGUACAAAAUAACUAAUUUUUUAAAAAAUAUUGUAAAUCUCUUGUAAAAAUGAAUUUGUUCUUCAGAGAGACAGACACCAACACACUUCAUGUAUGGACAUUUCUGCCAAAAUAAAACAUGCUAACCAAAAUAAAUGCUACUUUAUUCUUUGGUUUUAUUUACCACUUUAAAUACACUUUUUUUGUAUCUGAUAACUAGGAAACAUUUUGGAAUUGGAUUCAGUUCAUUGGUAAGAUUAAUGUAUUCGAUGGUGAAUGACACUAGAAUGAAGUUAUUUUGAUCUCAUGCAAAAAUUACUGUAAUAGCUGUAGUUCUUGAGAAAAUUGUGAAAAUGGAUGUUGUAUUUUAUCUUUGUACAGAUUUUUUUCUGUUUGCCUUUUGAAAGGCAUCACAUUGAUUUCAACAUUUAAAGCUUUAAUAAAGCUUUAUACUGUAGUAAGAUACUUUGCAUAGUUAAUGAGCCAUUUUCUGGAGCUGUAACUCUUUUGACACUUUUACUAGCGGUUUUUGCAAUGUGUUGCUGCUAUUAAAAGUUUCUUUCAUUUCUGAAUAAAUGAGAUGCUGUUACAUGGUCAGAACCAAGAUGUUAUGUACUAAAUUUUUUGCUGUACCUAUCUGUCAAAGAUAUGCAUCACUUGUAAGUGAAAUUGUUUUCUGGUUGUUGUGUCUUGUCUAGAGCAUGUAAAGAUGAAGUAGACUUUCGUUUCUCCUGAAUGUUCUCAACCUGUGUAAAUUUUUAGGGGACCUUGUAGAGCUGAUUUACUGUAUAUGGAAGGCUACUUAGAACAUUUAUUAUUUACAAUAUUUCUAAAUUAAGGAAAGGGAUGAGGAGAGAUUGAUUUCCUGAGACAUUGAUUGUAAGUAGCCAUACAUACUUCGAAAGGAGAUGUGCAACCGCCAAAGUGACUUAUGUUUUCCAAUUGGAGUGUGGGCUCAAGUAGGAUCCUUUCCAUCCUUCUCCCUACUGUUCAGUCUCAUGGAUUGUGAUUGUUAUUAUGGCUAGAAUUUCACAAAGGUAAGGGAAUCAGCAAAUGCUUUUAGCAAUUUAGCAAAAGGAUUUCUAUUGAGAGAUAUCUUUCUGAAACUUCAAUUAAUGUUGUAUUGUGAGAAAAUAAUGAUUAAACUAAGAUAAACUUCUGAAAAGUAGUUUCCUGUUUCAUCCUAAAUAGUAAACUAUUGUUUAAACUAGUACAAAAAAUGAGGAAAUUUUCCAAAUAUUGAUAUGGCCUGUAGAUGACAUAUGUUCAUGAUUGUAAGACCAAGCCAAUUAUUGAAGGAAGAUGAAGGGUUAUUUUUUGUUCCACUUGUAACUUUUUUCCAAGUAGCUUCAUUAAAUAUACUGUUUAAUGCUAUGACAACAUAUUUUGGGGGGUGAAGUGCCUUUGAGUCAGUGUUGACUCCUAGCAAUUGCCUGGAGAAAUUCCCAAAAUUUCUUGGCAAUGUGUUUUUUUGGAAGUGUUUUGCCAUUUCCUCCUUCCUUGGGCUGGAAAGGGAGUGACCUACCCAGU